AUGACCACCCAAGCAAUCAAAACAGGAACCUCCGCCCGCCUCGCCGCCCGCUCCAACACCCUCCCCCCAAUCAUAAACCUCUCCCAAAUCGCCCCAGGCCACAUCCACGCCCACAUCCUCAUCCUCCCUUCCCCCUACACCGCCGACUUCCGCCUCCUCUGCGCGCGAAACCCCGUAGCCCUACCCCUGUUGGCAGAGAGCACGAAACCGGGAAUCUUCGACGCCGUCAAAUCCCGCGUCGCCUGGCUGGAGGAUGACGAGGUGCUGCUGAGGCAGCAUGUUGAUCUCAGGCGGGAUGUUGGGGGGUUUACUGUGUGGAGGGAUGGGGAGGUUUUUACUGACGGUCAGGGCAUGGAAGACGUAGUCUCGGAAUGGAAGGAUGACCACGUCGCGUUCGUGAUCGCGAGUGAGGGGAGUAUUGAAGCUGCUCUUCGCCAGGCCGGGCUACUAGAAGGGAGGAUUCCGCACCCUCCGAUGUAUCGCACGCGGAAACCGUUAUUCCCAUCGGGGACGUUCUACGAUUGCGAGAUGGUAGUGAGCAUGCGGUCUUUCUCCGCCGCGGAAACCGGGCAAGUCAGACAAGUAACAGCUCCAUUUGCGCUCGCGCACGGGGAGCCGAUCGACUGGGGCUGGGGUGCUGUGGGGCGUUUGGGGAUCAGAGAUAUCGAUAUGCCGGAGUGGGGGGAGAGGCCUGUGACGAGGAAUGGGAGGGCGUUGGGGGAGGUGGCGUGGAAGGAUGAUGAGGUUCCUGUCUUUUGGGGGAGUGGCGUGACGGCGCAGGAGGCGGUGGCGAAGAUGGAGUUGCCCGGGACGGUUAUGGCGAAUGCGGUUGGGGAGUAUCUUGUGUUGGAUUGUAAGGAUGAGGAUGUUGCGAGGGUGUCAUAG